AUGGUCACUGUCAAUCGUUGUUUGCUCUCCCUCGCUGUCGUCUACCUCUCGUCGACCAGUGCUUAUUAUGUCCCGGAAAGGCGUCAAGUGUUUCAAUUCGGAAAACCGUCAAAAUACAGAACCGUUGACCUUCCGACGCCGACAUUUGACGCUUCCUUCCCAUCUGCAACUUUUGCCAUUCCAAUUGGCGGCGGGAAUGCAGCCCAAGCAAACAUCACGGAUAUCAUUGGGAACUUCCUCGGAGGAUCCAGCGGCUCCAGCGGUGUCGGUUUCACCAAUUCGAAAGGACAAACUGUUCCAAUGGUCUCCACAAGCUCUUCUGGAACGGUUCUCGACACGAUGAGCGGUGGAAUGUUUGGAGAUGACUCUGAGCCGAGCGACAACUCGAUUGACACUUCAAUCAUCAGUGCUCAUUCCAACUCUGGGUCGACCGGCGGUUUGACAGGACACGGUCUCGCCAGCCCAAUCAAUCUCAACCAACAAAGUGCCCCAGGAACCUCGCAGAUUGGGUCAUCCAUCCUCGGAAUUCUCCAGGCCGCCAACGCUGCGAAUCCUGGCCCAGCCUUCCAUCGACGUGAUCAACCACAACGGACCAGAGCCUCCCGAUUCCGAAGCAGGAUGAAGACCCCGACUGAUGAGACCCUUUCUAACGACAAACGGCAAGCCACCGCAGGCGACAUCCUCACUACACUGGGAGGUGCGGCCGCUUCCCUACCUCAAUUGCCAUCGGCACCCUCCCUUCCUGCUGCAGAAGGCGCCGUCCCUGCAGACGCAACUGGCACUGGUGGUUCCGAGGUCGCCGGUCCUUGA